AGGGAUGCGGACUCAGGGACAGCCAAGUUGCCAGGGUGAAGGGAGGAAUUGUUCAAAUUUUCCGUCAUUUAUUAAAGCAGCUGCCCCGGGAGGGCGGUGCUCACCCCUGAAUUACUCCCACACACUCCUGAAUAUCCCUGGAGUGCCCUGAGUCCCUCAAAGUGACGCGGAAACCCUCAAUAAUACCGAAAGGAGAGCAGUGUCCAGCACCUUUGAGUUUUGUGAUUCACCGAGUGAGAGAAAGAAAAAAUAUUCCCAUCUCGGAGGCGUUUAUGUGUCUUUUUCCAUCAUGUCGAGAGAGUACGACCACCUGUUCAAGUUGCUCAUCAUAGGAGACUCAGGUGUGGGAAAAAGCUCUCUCCUGCUGAGAUUUGCAGAGAACACCUUCACAGGGAACUACAUCACCACCAUCGGCGUUGACUUCAAGAUCCGAACGUUAGAGGUGGAUGGAGAGCGCGUCAAGUUACAGAUUUGGGACACAGCUGGCCAGGAACGCUUCCGAACUAUCACAUCCACGUACUACCGAGGCACACAUGGGGUAAUAGUGGUGUACGAUGUCACCAAUGGAGAGAGUUUUGCCAAUGUCAAACGCUGGCUGCAUGAGAUCGAGCAGAACUGUGAAGUCGUCAACAGGAUACUCGUGGGGAAUAAGAAUGACUGUCCAGACCGCAAAGUUGUCCUGUAUGAAGAUGCCAAACGCUUUGCAGACCAGAUGACCAUCAGCUUCUUUGAAACCAGUGCAAAAGACAAUAUUAAUGUGGAGGAGAUGUUCACAGUGAUGACCAAGAUGGUUCUCCAAACAAAGAAGGAGCAGAAGGACCGCCAGAUGGAAACAAAUGACCCACUCCGCCUACACAACAAUAAAACACACAAAAGAAAACCCAAAUGCUGCUAGCAAACACACACCAGGUAGAGAGUUGCUGAAAGAACCAAGCGGUGUUGCAUGAGGCACAGUACAGCACAGCACACACCGCCAAUGCCAGCGGGAGGAAUUGGUUCCCCACCCACCCAUAAAGCCUCUGUGGCAUGAGCACCUGUCAUUUGCUGAGGGAUCCGAAUGCACAUAAGAAGACAGACUUUCAAUUUAGUCUUAUAAGAGUUACGCGUCAGUGGAGGCUUGUCCUUCUGCCCGUGUGAGUCAGUGCGAGCAUGUCAGAAUGCAUGUGAUUAUGUAAGUUAAGGUUCAGCUUUUUAUAUCGAUGGCCCAUUUCAAAAUUUGCGUCUUUCUUGAAUCGAGUCAAAAGGAAAGUAUCUGUGUCGGUCCUGUAGUGGGACUUUGCUACUUCCCCUAAAUCUGUGAGCAUUAGGUUUGGUAUUCAGCAGUAUUGGGUUUGUGGAAUUGAUUUAUUUUGUGCUGCAUUCAUUGGUUUGUCUAGAAUGGAGCUGUCUUAGAGAUUGUAUUACUUGUCAUUGACGUAUAGAAUAAUUAGUAUGUAUGGUGUUAUGAUUUAUUUUGUUUGAGAGAAAGAGUAAAAGGGAGAGAGGGAGAGAAGCACAUAAAUUUGGAAUGAUAUGCUGGAUUGAAGUAUUCAGCAUCUCAAAUGUAUUUCCAUUCUUGCCUUGAUUCUACACCAUAACUGAUGAUUUAUUGAUACUGUACAAACUUCAUGCUUUCCCAAAUUUGUGUGCAUGCUGGUCUGUUAGGGAAGGUGGGAGCAUAAUCCUGCUUUCCUCACUGGUCCUUGCUUGUCACUGGAGGGAAACACAUGACUGCCACAUUUCCAGAAAGUUGCCCAGAAAGAUAUGUGAAUCAUGCAUUGAUCUACAACUGGUAUAAGCUAUUUUCAUAAUGUAUGUGUAAGGAAAUAUGUUGUAUCAUACAUAAGGAAUGGUGAUAAUGUGUUGGCUGCGCCAGAGACCAUAAGAUGUCCUAUUUUGAUAGAGAGAGAGAGUGUGUGUGUGGAAGGCAGCAAGCUAAAAACAAUCAGUGUGUUUGCGAGGGAUAGAUAAUCUUAAACUAUUAUUUUACUGUUCCUCUUAUUGCUUUAUUCCUUUAUUGCACAAAAUUAUAGUUGUAUUUGCCUAAGAAAUCAUUCAGCUGGACUCUUUCCCUUAAAAUCUUGACUGGGUGUUGUGUAUACGUACAUCAGAAGACUUCCGUAUGCUGCCUUAUUAGCCAAGCAGAAUGAUAGACAGAUGGAUCAAUACCUAAAUUGAGGCUUCCAUCGUCCUCACGUUGCACAGAAGCACCUGCAACAAACUGUGCAUUAAUUAGACAGGUUCUCAUGCAUGUAUUUCACAAGUUGGUAAAUGGCACUCUUGUGCAUGUCUUUUCUGGUGUAGCAUGAAGGACCCCCCAUGGGACCAUUUUUAUUGCCUGUUGUAGUUCAGAAAUGUCGGGAACAACUAGGUUUGUGCUUCAGGGUCUUGGCCAAUCAUGUCUUUGUUGCUUUGCUAUCAUUAGUAGUUUCAGCUCAUGUUUGUAGAGGUUGAAUUUGUCUAGGUUCCAAGUGAAAUGUAUGUUCGAGGCUGUGUAUGUUUGUGUUCUGUUACCUCUGUCUUGGCUUUUCAUCCUCAUCAACACAAAAAUUUCUCUCUCCUGUUGAACUUACUCAGUCUUCUUUACAUACAUGAUUUGUUUUGAUAUCAAACUAUAAAUGUAUUGUUCCAUGCAACAAGGAAUGACAUUUAGUCAUUCCUACAUCUUGCCCUCUUGCAGAUCCAUUCAGCAUUGGUCUGUGCACCUUACCUUCCAUAGAAACAUAUCAAGUAUAUUCAGUAAGUUCUCUAUUACCAUUUGCCCUACAAAUUUACUAAUGGAAAUUUUAUGAUUUUCAUUGUUAGAGAGAAAGGGGACUUGGAACCUUUUUAGUAUUUUACUUAUCUUAUCUUUAGAAAGAAUACAUAUAUUUUCCAUUUUCCAGCUGCUUUUGCAGUACUUCAUACUUUGUGUAUCAGCCAUCAAAGCCUUUUCUCACUCACAACCUGGAAAAAUCAAGAGAGGCUGAAGAUAAGCAAGCAAGGGAAUGUAUUUAUCAUGUGUAUUUGAAGGGAGGUCAGUCAUCACUUGUGUUUGAUGAUAUGCACACACAGUUUCACCAUCUCUCAUAUACAUUCAGAAUUCCCUUUUAACAAUGAAUAGGACACAUCUGUAUUUAGAAUCAUCACCUCUCCCCCCUCAUCCUGGCAUGUGUAUUGUUGAUCUUGACAGACUGUUGAUCCUUGUAGCCAUAUUUCAAAGUGUUAUCCCCCACUGAACAUUUAAAGAGUCGGUCUGUUACGCAUCAUCCCUGCACACAAUACAUGGAGGUGUUGUAUGUACAGUAGAAGUAGUCAUUAGCUGAACCGGUAACUGGUUAUAACACAACCCAUCGUACCACAUACCUGACUUGUUGUAGUUGUCAUUCUCAUCAUUAAUCCCGUGAUACUUAGAUACACUAACGUAUUUGGAUGUAAGAAGAAAAGACGUUUUAGAUCUCGGCUUUAUUAUUAUUAUUUUUUUUUUUUUUUUUUUUUUUUUUUUUGUGUGUGUGUGUGUGUGUGUGUGUGUGUGUGUGUGUGUGUGUUUUACUGUUUGGUAAGUAGAGAGAGAGAGGUUGUAAAGUAAUGAGCAGAUCGCCUCUCCACAGUUGUCGGCUCAAAUACUCAAUUCAGAUGUACACUAAAUGUUAGCACUUUAUGCUGAAUGACCAGCCAGCCAUAUUUUUUAUUAUUUUCUUUAGUAAGUUGUAGCAAGAGUACUAGUUGAAAUGCUAUAGAGGGAGCUUAGUGAUAGCUUAACAAACAACUAUCAAUUAGUGUGUUAUGCAAAUGAUUAAACUUUGACAGUUGAUGGUUAGACACACAAGACCGUCAGUGCCAGUACUGGGAAGAAUGUAUUGAAGUUGCAGCACAAUCACAUAAUUAUUACCUGUCAUGUGAAACUCAUUGAUAGUUAGUCUUCAGAGGGAAGGCAAGUAGUAACAUGUUCCAACCUGUGUGACAUGGAAGGCUGGGUGCAUGCCAAGAGUCUGACCAGUUCAUUGUUGAUUGUCCAAGAUUUUCUUAUGUAUUAUCCUUGAAACAAAUAUUAGUGACUAUUAUUUCUCAAGUUUGUUCUUUUAUGGCACCUUUAGACUCAGUAUAGUUGAAUCUUCACUCUGAAAGGCAAAUCUGUCAGCGUCACUAAGAAUGCUUUCUGCUUUAGCAAAAAGUAUGGCAAGUGUUGAGGAGGGUAUAAUUGAUAUAAGGGAAAAUGGCAUACAUAGCAAAACAGGCUGCAUGGAUACUCCACCUUUCCAAGUAUUACUGUCAUUAUGUGACACAUUCCCUCUAUGUACUUCCUUCAGGUACUCGCCUGUUAUGUUAUCAACUCAGUUUCACUUGGUCAGUCUGUUUUUUUUACAUAUUUCAUUCAUAAAUAAAGAUUUUUGAUGGUCUUCAGACAUAAUGAUUCAAAUCCGUUCAAUGGCAACAUAUCAGGAGUGCUGAGUGUUGAAUAUUCGAGAUGUAAAGUAAAUUAAAAAUUAAUUUUAUAAGUCUUUGAUCCUUAAAGACAUGAUGGAGAACCUUGAUCGCAAGACUGUUACUCUAUCUUUCAUAGGACUGUCAACACUGACUGUGUGGGUUCUCUUGGCUUUUGUAGUUGAUAGCAAAUAGGAAUUACAUUGAUGGACCUUGAACAGGCAUUUAUGGUAAUUGUUUAGUUUUUGACAGACUAGGUGAUCAAGGCUAGAGGCUCCUUGUCCUUAAAGCUCUUAUAGUGUUUGCCACUAGCAAGAGUCCUUUGAUGCAAAGAAAGCUAAUGAUGAUUAAUUGGAACACUUCUGCCUUAACCUGGGAAGUCUCAUGGUGCUGCUGAAGAUGCUCCUCAUACACUGCCAAUUGACAUCAAGGGCUCAAGUUUACCUGUAGGGAACACCUGCUUGUGGGUUGAGGCAGCUUCCAAUUGUCAGAAUGUAGAGGUUUGGAGGGUUAAAGCUUUGUCAGAUUGGAUCAUUAAAUAAUUUUUCAUCUCUUCCUCACAGGCAAAAGGUAUAUGUAACUGCCUCCAUGUUACAUUACUUUUGCUUCAGCUUUGAACAUUGAAGUAGAAGGAAGAGUUAACUUUUCACCAUUCAUGUAUGUAAAGUCAUCAGUAAAGUUGGUUUUUGUGUUCUAUGGAGGACUGUGUGAUGGUCUCCGUCCGGUUUGGAGAGUGUGUUGCCCCUCCGUGAGUGUGUGUCUAGGGUGCAGGGGACUUUUCAUCUAAUUGACCUCAUAAAAAUUAUCUUCAUUAUAUUGAAAGGAGAGCAGCUGCUGCUUGGCAUUUCAUGGUGGCUUGUGCUAGUUUCCCAGGUCCUCCUGCACUUACAGAUCAUUCAUCUUGUAUGUCUUCAUGAUCCUAAUUCAUCCAGUUUUCUUGACUGUAUUCUCAUCCUCACUAUCAGAAAGAUUGAGCUCAUUGCUUCACCCAUUAAUGAGAUAUGACAGUGAUGAUUGAAGUUGAAUGCUAGAAGGGAUCUGUACACACAUGGGCUUGGUAGGAAGUGAAGGGAUGCAUAAGUGUUGCUUAACUGAUUUCAGAACAACAAAUGUUUGCUCAUAAUUUUAAAUCAACACCACCUCAUUCAUUAGUUCCCUAACAAAGAAAUAAUAGCACUAGUAACUCUUAUUCCAUUACUGUUAUUUUGAGGUUCCCAGCACAAAUGGUUUAUUGCUUGAGGUUGUUAUGGGUUUGUAAUUCUGUUCCUUACAGUCACAGUCAUUCCCUGCACUGUACCAAAUAACUUCACAUUGAACCCAGUUUUCCCCCAUUUAGCUCCAUUGCUGUUUUGUGUAUUUGUAAUUGUAGUGCUUAUUAUUUUCAUGCAUGUAUGUACACCAUUCAUCUCUGGUUUAUAAAGUACAUAUUACUCUAUGUUAUUACACGUAUUGAACAUUGACUUGCUUGCAUUAUACUACCAUGACACAGACCAGCUCAACCGAAUAUAUGAAAUACAUUUAUAUCAACAUAUGAAGGUCUUAAGUUAUUAUCAUUAUUGUCAUUAUUGCCUGAUACUACUAUGUCAGUUAGCACGUGCAUUUCAGUCUCAUAAAUAUGCUAUGAAGAAGCUACGAUUGUUUUGGUCUCUGGGACGGAGUAGCACCAGAAAUCUUGUCUUGCAUUUGAUACCUUGACUUCUGCUGACUCCCUUACCCUCAGUGCUUGUGUGAUUUUAAGGCCAGUCAUUGUAUCUCUAUCUCCUACCUUCAGUUCAUUACACUGCCCUUAUGCUAGUGUCUUAAGGAGCAUAAUAGUAAAUGGUUAUCAUCCCCUUUAGACUUCAGAAAUUGCAAAGGUUGUCCCUCAUGAAUAAGCACAAAAUUUAUAGAAGUCAAGAUUAACUGUGAUCACUUUCCUAUAAGCAGUGGAUUGGAAGUUCCUAAUUAAAGCACAUCAUGGAAGCCAAACAAGCAGUGCACCUGACUGUAAUCUGGUCCCAGUAAUCAAAGAUGCACAAGAUCCAACAGUCAGGUGUGCAAGUCUUCCCCAUGUAUGUGUUGUUGCAAAUACUUGUGCUCCUGACAACAUUUUCCACCCAUAUUUAUUCUUCUAAAGGGCAUAGCAUAACCUUUUUACCUUUUUCUGGGCCUACUGUUAUUUUUCCCUUUGUUAAAGCUUACAUAGACUGCAUGCACUUUUAUAUGUUAAUUUAAUCAUUGUCUUUUUAUACACAAGGAGUGACAGAACAGUGUAAUCAGCUGGAGACAUUUUGUAUUGUUUGAUGAAAUUUUAGAUUUCUUAGUAUACUGUUGGGUCGAUCAUACAUAGUGUUAAGUUAAACAAAAUUCUACAUCUUAGGUAAUUAUUAGUGACAUUUGGAAUUUUGAUUGAAGGAAACUGUUCACACAAAGUUAGAACAUAUUUAGUUAUUUAUUUCAUUUGCUACUUUUGUUUCCCCUGUGGUGUAUUUAUCGUGUUUAAUUUCCUUUCCAAUGGGUUUUUGUCAUGUCCAACGCUUUACAGAACUUAUCAAAUGCUGAACAACUAUUUUAAGUUGGUCAAAUCUUAUUCAGCAGUUUGCAAAAGAAACACACACACACACACACACACACACACACACACACACACACACACACACACACACACACACACACAUUGCAGUCACUAUACCUUGGCCACUUUUCUUUCAUGCCUGCUUUGUAUUGUGUUCAUGUCUGUGUGUUUAUAUCUGUCACUCCUUGUCUUUGAGAUUGAGCCCAGCAGCCCAUCUCACAGAUCAGGAAGGGUCAUGGGUGUGCAGGUUAUGAUUGCAAUGUAUCCUUGUGUAAAUCUUGUAACCUUAAAUACUGUACUUCUUUUGUAUUUUUUAUUAUUUUUAAUGCACCAAGAAAACCUAUUCCUGUUUAUUGAAGCUCCAUUCCAGUGUGAUUUAAUUUCAUUAUAUUUUUUACUCAAUAACUUAAGCCUACCACAUAGUUUUGAAAAUUUUUUGCACAGUAUAUUAUUCCACUAAAACAUACGCGAGAGAAAGGUUUAUAAUGGUAUGAUUUUUAUGGUAAAAUGUAAAAGAUGGACUUCCAUGUUAAUAAACAAUGAUUCCCCCCUCCAUGCACACACACACACACACACACACACACACACACACACACACACACACACACACACACACACACACACACACACACACCAUAUUUGUAAAAAGAUAGGCCCAGGUGAUCAAUUCUUUUAUCAUUCAACAAAUAAAUAAAUCAUCUUUUUAUUAGAAUCUAGUAGAGAGAAAAAGAAAUCCCAUGCUCUGAAAUAUUCUAUAUGUAAUUGUUGAUUUAAAACAAAAUAUAUUGAUGUUUACUGAAUCAGUGUGAAUAUAAUGUGAGCAUAUUUUUUGUAUAGAAAUAUACAUAUAUAGUAUAUACAUAUAUAUUUCAGAAUCCAGCGACCUUUUCCAUUCCGUGUUUAUGGUCUGUGUUUCAGCUCCAUUCAAGCUGUAAUUCCAGUCACCCCUCCAUUAGUGUAUUCCUCAUCAUUGCCAUUGAAUUUGACUGUUAAGUAAUAUAUCUAUACAUACAAACAUAACAUACAUAUACAUAUAAAUAUAUAUAUAUAAAUAUAAAUACUAUACCAAGUAGUGUAAAGGAUUAUUCAGACUGUAUUUCACCAGGAUGCAUUAUAAUGACCUUUGUGUGGAGAUGUGGGCAUGAAUUGAGUAAUGGACCAUAAUUGCUUCUACUGUGUUGUGCAGAUCUUCCUUUAUCCUCAUCUCAUUUCAUUUGAUCCCUAUAACUGUUAACUUCUUAUUUGUAACACGCCACUCUUCAUUUUUUAUUUAUUUAUGUAUUUUAUUUUAUUUUUUGUUUUCUUUUUCUUUUUUACCAUGCUACACCAUGGCACGACAAAACCUCCCAUUUCUGACUUUUCCUUGCUUUAUAAGGAAUUCAAAAGAACUUAGAGAUUCAAUAGAGCCAUGAAAUCUUACUAUGAUGUUGCCAGAUAAUAAAAGAACAUGUUCCAUUGAAGAGCAGAUCUGGCCAAAGCUUUUACACUCACAGAGAUCUACACUGAGCACAUUGGUGGACAUUGAAUGAGGGAACGAUGCAAACACAGUAGGAUCAAGUGUGGUCUGUUGCUCUGCCUCUCACCACAACUGCACCGGGAGUCUUUACUGCAAUUAUGUUAUCAUUACCUUCAGUUUUUAGUCGUAAUGAUGAUUCUGUCCAGCAAUCUGUCUGUUCCCAUAAACCCCCCAAAAAAGUAACAGAUCUUUCAAAGGGCCUAUUUGAAUAUUACCCUCAAAUAUAAUACAAAGAUUUAUAGUAGAUAUGUAAGGGCAUUCCAUCUCUUCAGCCUUUUUUUGUCUAAUGGUUGGCUAACUGGUCGUUCCAUAGUUAAUUCCCUCCCCAACACCCUAACUUGUAUAUCUGGGCAUUUAUUUGUCUUUUUGUCACCCCCAGAAUACUGCAAGGUUAGGCAGGAGAGGGCUGUGUAAGAAGUAAGGGGGGUUGGAAGGGGUAACUAAAUCUGAUAUUAUGUAAUGACCAUAGGUUGAUAUGUCCCAUUGUAUUGCAGUAAGUCACAAGGUUUGUACAUGGUGUAAAUAGUCGUAUGUAA